UACAUCAUCAGUCACUGCCUUUUCUCUAUAUUUAUAUUGACAGAGGUAUAAUUACAAACAGAUUCUUGCAUGCAAUGCCCACAUAUCCUGCAGGCAUAAUAGCUCUUGUGCGUAGUAGUAGACGUCUCAGCUCAGUUCAGUUCUCAGGUUAAUGAAGUGCAGUAAAUUCAAACGAAUUUGUUAAAAAAUUUACUUAAAUGUCUAAUAGGUUAUGCUUGCUGGGACUGCAAAUAGUGUAAACAACACAGGACACAAUUAAGUAUACUCUUUUAAACCUUAAUGAUGUUUGCGAUUGCUGUGGAACUUAUACUUCUUGUGAUUCUGUGUUUAUUUUUGUUGUACAAAUACUGGACUUCAGAGUACUCCUAUUGGGAAAAAAGGAAUGUUCCUUACCUGAAGCCCUCAUUUCCAUUCGGAAACAUCAAAGAUCAGGUUUUGAACACAACUGAUGUCGGCAACAGCUAUAAGAACAUGUACGAUAUGAUGCCUGGCGUGAAAUAUUUUGGCAUAUUUGAACUCGGCAGGCCAGCACUGGUGUUGCGAGAUCCUACUGUAAUAAAGGCAAUAUUGGUGAAGGAUUUCAACCACUUUAUGGAUAGAGGCCACAUUCACGAAGAUGUCAAACAAGAUUUCAUGGCAACUGGUCACGUGUUCAAUCUCAAAGGAGAUAAGUGGAAGUCAAUGAGAUCGAAGUUGACUCCAAUGUUUACUUCGGGAAGGAUGAAGAAAAUGUAUCACCUGAUGCACCAGCUAUCACAGAAGUUUGGAGACUUCUUGAAACCCUUAGCGGAAGAAAACUCAGUUCUGGAGUUUAAAGAUUUAAUCGCCCGUUUUACCACUGAUGUGAUAAGCUCUUGUGCUCUGGGAAUGGAGACUAAUGCCAUAACCGAGGUGGACAGUGAGGUUCGAAGGGUCAGUAAACUCUUCUUCCCUUCAUCAAUUUGGAAUGCAGUCAAACUGAUGUUGUCCAUUAAUACUCCUCGUCUUUAUAACUUAUUGGGUCUGGAGCAGAUGGAUCCUACAGUAAAAGAGUUUUGUAUGCAAGUUGCCAAAGAGACGUACAACUACAGAACUAAAAACAAUGUGUACAGAGAUGAUUUUAUAGACUUACUAGUAAAGCUAAAGCAAAACAAAAACUUGUAUGAGGAUGAAAAAGAAACGAGUCAAGGACCAAGAGAGUCAGAUGGAAAAAGUGAUGGUUUGACAUUUGAGGAAAUGGCUUGCCAAAUAUUUGUCAUAUUCGCUGGUGGGUUUGAAACGUCAUCCACAGUUUCCUCAACAGCUUUGUACGAAAUGGCUUUGCAUCCCGACAUACAGGAAAAGGUCCGGAAAGAAGUAGAUGAAGUUCUUUGCAGACAUGAUGGAGUUAUUACCUACCAAGCAUUAAAGGAAAUGGCAUACGUGGAGCAAGUCAUUUAUGAGGCACUUCGUCGCUAUUCUCCUUUCCCUAUACUGACCAGAAACUGCACCAAGCAAUAUCAGAUGUCAGAUGGCCUGGUGAUCGAGAAAGGCACAAGAGUUGUCAUUCCCUUGGUUGCACUGCAUCACGAUUCAGACUACUAUCCGGACCCUUACCAGUUUGAUCCAGAGCGCUUUAGUCCUGAAAAUCUUCGUAAUCAUCUUGGCACAACUUCUAUUCCUUUCGGAGAUGGCCCAAUGGUUUGCCUCGGGCAACGUUUUGGAAAAAUGCAAGCAAAAUGUGUGAUUGCCACAAUUAUCUCUCAAUUCGAGCUGACGCCAGUUCCGGAGACUCCAACUCAAUUGACAAUAGACCCUCUUCAGUUCCUUACAACUAUGGAACAUCCAAUCCUCAUCAGAUUGUCAAAACGGAAGGAUAAACUACAUUAGCAUUAUAUUAUUGGAAACAAAAAAAAUAAAAUUGAAUAAAACCUAAAUAAAAUUUUAUAGUAUUAGAGAAUAUUUUUUCACAAAGUAUAUGUUGUAUUAAAAUACUUGGUAUGAUAUUUUUAUGAUAUAUACAUUAGCUGUUAGUAAAGUACAAAAUGAUAAGUAUUCAGAUGUUAAACGUUAUAUAAACAAGUACCCUAUUUUUUACCUAGUAUUUGUACUACCAAGUACUAUUUUAACUAUGCAUUUUCAAAUUAACCAGUAAGGUAUUUCAUUAACUAAGAUAUUUUAUGACAUAAAUAAGUAUCCUCAAUAUUAUUAUUAACAAUUUGAAAAACAUUCUUUAUUUCAUUAAAAGGACCUGUUUUAGUAGCAAUGUAGAAUAGUAUUAACAAGAGAUCAGUUACGUCAGAUUUAUACACUUCAGUUUGUCAUUUGGUAUGGAAACCUCGGGAAUCUCCAGCAGCCAAAUGUCCCUUGGCUAGAGUGACCACACUGUUGAGAUAUAAAGAGUGUAAAAAUAUUAUGAAUAUACUUUGAAGGAGGAUUUAGACAAGGCUUGUACAAUUUGAAUGCCACUUUGUAAUAUACUGGCGUGGGACUAUUUAAACGAGGCUUGUUACAGCUGAUUUCCAGAAUACUGUUCUAUUGCAUUCCACAAAAAUUCGUUCCCUUUGAACAGUUCUAACACACCGUAACACUUGCUCCAAACUCCAUGUUAACAGUUUUGAACUCUUUUUCAACUUACAUGAAUUAAGCAUUAUUACACUUUUAAGCUUAAAAACUCGUAGACAACAGUGGUGAACUAGAAACAAGUCACUUUUAACAGGCUACAAGCUGUUUAGAUGGGGACAAUUUACACAUGGCUUGCUACAGCUGACUUCCAGAAUUCUGUUCUACUGCAUUCCACAAAAAUGCACACCCUUCAAACAGUUCUAAUUGUCCGUAUUACUUGAAACAGUUUGCAAAAAUCACUUGUGUGAACGUGACCUAAGAAAAACGGGAAAGUGAUGUAGCUGCUUUUAUUUUCAAGCAGACUUUGAAAAGGUGGUGGCCUGUAACUUGCCACUGUCUACUCUCCUAUUACCAGGCUUAUUGUUUACACAAGAUUGCAGGCUUGUAACAAGUCGCUUUAACAAGCCACUUGUAAAAAUUUCUCGUCUAAAUCUCCCUUAACAGGUAUACUUUUUACAAAUAACUUUAGUAUUAAAUCAUAUUAUGCAUGUGUAUUUUAUGUAUUAAAACCAAUAAAAUAUUGAUUUAAGAGUG